AUGUCGAGACUCAUUGUCAAGGGCCUCCCAAAAUACCUCACGGAGGACCGCUUGAAGGACCACUUCAGCAAGGAAGGCAGCGUGACCGAUGUCAAGCUCAUGAAAAAAAGAAACGGCGAGUCCAGGCAGUUUGCCUUCAUUGGCUACAAGUCCGGGUCCGACGCGGAAAAGGCCGUGAGGUUCUUCGACCGCACGUACAUCGACACCGCGAGGAUCGAGGUCAGCUUGGCCAAGACGUUCUCCGACCCUACAGUUCCCAAGGCUAUACGGGAAAAGAAAAGAUUGGCCGAGCAUCGGUUGGCCGAGCAGGAGGAGAGGCUUUUGCGCCAGAAAGAGGAACAGGAACAGUACAAGAGGCAGAAGCUCGACCGCAAGUCGAAGUUGGACCAGGAAAUCGCGGCCAACCCGAAAUUGCUGGAGUUCAUUGAAACGUUGAAGCCGUCCUCGCAGGUGCAGUCCUGGAAGAACGACUCCUUGGCCGACGGUUCCGGCGCGCCUUCCGCCAAGGCUUUGGAGGAGGCGCUCGCCCACAAAGACGGGCUCACAAAGGAGACUGGUGCUCUCGAUGGGAAAUACAGCGUUGUGCCGGCCAUGGAGGCCCAGAGCGACGACGAGUACGACGAUUUCCAGAAAAAGAGCGGCAGUGAUGACGAGGAGAUGAUCCCAUUUAGCGCCAGCCAUGAGAGCGGUUCGCCCUCGGGCCAGGAAGCGGGCGAAGCCCACGCAGAGGACACCCAGGAAGACAGCAUUGCCACCAACGAAGCGGUGUCCGAUCUUGACUGGCUCAAACUGAGGAGGAUCCGCAUGAAGGAGAACGAGGUGGAGACGGCAGAAGCCGUGGAGUCUCUGGAAAAAGCAUACAGUGACAAGCCCAGCUCGGCGCAGAAGCCGGCCAGACCCACGGUGCACCGACCCGCCAGUCUUUCCCCCGAGGAAACCAUCGAAGCCAAGCUCAGGGAAACAGGCAGGCUCUUCAUCAGAAAUAUUCUAUACGACUCCACGGAGGACGAGUUCCGCGAGCUCUUCUCCCUCUAUGGCCCCAUUCUGGAGGUGCACAUUGCGGUGGACACCCGGACGGGCAAGUCCAAGGGAUUCGUGUACGUCCAAUUCCAGAACAACGAGGACGCCGUCAGUGCGUUCCGGGCCAUGGACAAGCAGAUUUUCCAAGGCAGACUCUUGCAUAUCCUAGCUGGCGAGGCCAAGAAAGACCACAAGCUCGACGAGUUUGCAUUGAAAAACCUACCCUUGAAGAAGCAGCGAGAGCUCAAGAAGAAGGCACAGGCCAGCAAGUCGCAGUUCAACUGGAAUUCGCUCUACAUGAACAGCGACGCGGUGCUCGACUCCGUGGCGUCGAAAUUGGGCAUCAGCAAGGCGCAAUUGAUCGAUCCACAGAACGCCAGCUCUGCCGUGAAGCAGGCGCUCGCCGAGGCCCAUGUCAUUGGCGACGUGCGCAAGUUUUUUGAGGACCGCGGCGUGGAUCUCACCACGUUCGACCAGAAGGAGAGGGACGACAAGGUGAUCCUUGUCAAGAACUUUCCUUUCGGCACGUCCAGCGACGAGCUUGCCGAAUUGUUUGCCGAGCAUGGGCCCAUCAAGAGAGUGGUGAUGCCGUCCUCCGGUACCAUUGCCAUCGUGGAGUUUAGAGAUGCGCCCAGCGGGCGUGCGGCGUUCACCAAGUUGGCGUACCGCAUGUUCAAGAAGAGCAUUCUCUAUUUGGAGAAGGGCCCCAAGGACUUGUUUACGCGCGAGCCGACGUCGGGCGAAACGGUUGAUACGGAAAAGGGCGACGACGCCGUGGAAGCCAAGAUUUCGGCCACCGAUGUCAUGGCCGACGAGGUCCACGACAGCGAGGACGAGCUGCUCGAAAAGGGCCCGACGGUGUCGAUUUUCGUCAAGAACUUGAGUUUCUCCACCACCACUGCGCUGUUGGCCGCGUUUUUCGAGAAGAUGCCCGGCUUUGCCGUGGCUCUUGUCAAGACGAAGCCGGAUCCGAAAAACGCCGGGGGCGUUUUGAGCAUGGGGUUCGGGUUUGCGGAAUUCAAGACCAAGGAGAACGCCGAGGCUGCCAUCCGGACCUUGGACAACACCGUGUUGGAGGGCCACAGGGUGCAGUUGAAGUUGUCGCACCGCAAGUCGGGCCUGGCCGCAACUAGCGACACAGCCAGCAAGUCAGACAAGACCAACAAGAUCAUCAUCAAGAAUCUUCCGUUCGAAACGUCGCGCAAGGACGUGUUGGAGCUUUUUGGUGCUUAUGGCCAGGUGAAGUCCGUGAGAGUGCCCAAGAAGUUCGACAAGUCUGCGAGGGGUUUUGCUUUCGUGGAGUACACCUUGUUGAAGGAGGCCGAGAGUGCCAUGAACCAAUUGAAGGGCGUCCAUUUGUUGGGCAGACGCUUGGUGAUGCAGUACGCGGAGAAGGAGGCCACGGACGCCGAGGCCGAGAUCGAGAAAAUGACACACAAGGUGCAGAAACAGGCAGCAUCCAGAGAAAUGGCCGCGGUGAGAAUGGCGGGCCUGGGCAAGUUCCAGCUCGAGGAGAGCGAGGACCCUUUCAACGACUUCUAG